GCAGAAUUGAAUUAGAUUGUUGAUAGCGUCCCUCCGAGGACUGCUAUUAAGAGCACGCUACUCUGUACUUCUCUGCCGCAGAAGACAGAAUGAUAUUCCUGUUACCACGGCAGGUUGUAAAUGUGUGAGAUUUUGCUUAUGCCGGCUUGGAAAUCAGAAUAGGGAAAGGAGAGCAACUUGAAUCAGAAGCUGCUAGAAGAGUGUGCACAGUUCAGCAGUUGUCCUUACAUUUUUUUUUUUUUUUGCCUUCUUCUAACUGGAAAACAGAGAGACGGGCAUUUUUUUUUUUUUAACGGGCUCUUCUCAUAAUGGCAUUCUUGUGUUGUGUGGCCCGAGCUUGCAAAGGAGAAAAGCAAGCGGCAGAAUUAAGUCACUGAUCUCUAUUAGCUGUGGCCUAAGGCUAUGCUGAGGUUUAUAUCCCAUUUGUAUUGUUGCAGCUCAAAAGAAGACUGUUCAGAGGAUGACAAGUGUAUUCUGAGUAGAUCCCUAGUGGAAGAGGAAGACCAGCACAUGAAACUGUCCCUUGGAAGCAGCGAAAUGGGCAUCUCAUCCCAUUUGCAGUCUUCCAAGGCAGGAACCACACGCAUCUUUACCAGCAACACCCACAGUUCUGUGGUGUUACAGGGCUUUGACCAGCUUCGACUUGAAGGAUUGCUUUGUGAUGUGACUCUGAUGCCAGGCGACACAGAUGAUGCUUUCCCUGUGCAUAGAGUCAUGAUGGCAUCUGCUAGCGAUUACUUCAAGGCCAUGUUCACAGGUGGAAUGAAAGAACAAGAUUUAAUGUGCAUUAAGCUUCAUGGUGUGAGCAAAGUCGGUUUAAGGAAAAUCAUUGAUUUCAUUUACACUGCAAAGCUUUCUCUUAAUAUGGAUACACUUCAAGACACACUGGAAGCUGCCAGUUUCCUGCAAAUUCUGCCUGUUUUGGACUUCUGCAAAGUAUUUCUUAUAUCUGGGGUCACUUUAGACAAUUGUGUCGAGGUUGGGCGAAUUGCCAACACCUACAAUCUGACAGAAGUGGAUAAAUACGUUAACAGCUUUGUCUUGAAGAAUUUUCCUGCUCUGCUGAACACUGGGGAGUUCCUGAAACUCCCCUUUGAGCGUCUUGUGUUCGUGCUUUCCAGCAAUAGCCUUAAGCACUGCACUGAACUGGAGCUCUUUAAGGCUACCUGUCGCUGGCUGCGCCUGGAAGAGCCCCGCAUGGACUUUGCUCCAAAAUUAAUGAAGAACAUACGAUUCCCCCUGAUGACACCACAAGAGCUCAUUAAUUACGUGCAAACCGUGGAUUUCAUGAGAACUGACAAUACCUGCGUGAAUCUUCUUUUGGAAGCCAGCAAUUACCAAAUGAUGCCCUACAUGCAGCCAGUUAUGCAGUCAGACAGGACUGCCAUUCGGUCUGACAUGACGCAUCUGGUUACACUGGGAGGUGUGCUAAGGCAGCAGCUGGUUGUCAGCAAGGAAUUGCGCAUGUAUGAUGAGAAGGCUCACGAAUGGAAAUCACUAGCCCCCAUGGAUGCCCCACGGUACCAGCAUGGCAUAGCUGUCAUUGGAAAUUUCCUCUAUGUCGUAGGUGGGCAGAGUAAUUACGACACAAAAGGGAAAACAGCAGUCGAUACAGUUUUCAGAUUUGAUCCUCGAUACAAUAAAUGGAUGCAAGUUGCAUCUUUAAAUGAAAAGCGCACCUUCUUCCACCUAAGUGCCCUCAAAGGAUACCUAUAUGCAGUUGGUGGGCGGAAUGCAGCUGGAGAACUGCCUACAGUGGAAUGUUACAAUCCCAAAACAAAUGAAUGGACCUAUGUUGCCAAAAUGAAUGAGCCACACUAUGGCCAUGCUGGAACUGUGUAUGGAGGAGUAAUGUAUAUUUCAGGUGGAAUUACUCACGACACUUUCCAAAAGGAGCUCAUGUGCUUCGACCCUGAUACUGACAAAUGGAUUCAGAAGGCGCCGAUGACCACCGUCAGAGGCCUGCACUGCAUGUGUACAGUGGGAGAGAGGCUCUAUGUCAUCGGCGGCAAUCACUUCAGAGGAACAAGUGAUUAUGAUGAUGUCCUAAGCUGCGAAUACUACUCACCUAUCCUUGACCAGUGGACCCCCAUUGCUGCCAUGUUGAGAGGGCAGAGCGAUGUUGGGGUUGCUGUCUUUGAAAACAAAAUCUAUGUGGUCGGUGGGUACUCCUGGAAUAAUCGUUGUAUGGUAGAGAUAGUGCAGAAGUAUGAUCCGGAUAAAGAUGAGUGGCAUAAAGUUUUUGAUCUCCCAGAGUCCCUGGGUGGUAUCCGAGCCUGCACACUCACAGUUUUCCCACCUGAAGAAACCACACCAUCACCCUCUAGAGAAUCCCCUCUUUCUGCACCUUAAUAUCAUCCCUACAACUAAAAUGCUAUAGUCCUAUCUUUGCAAUGUGUCCUGAAUUCUCUUAUUCCCCCCAUCCCGCUCCCCACCCCUUAAGUAGUGUAUGUUAGGAUUAGCCUCCAGUAAUUGAUACAGAUAUUGGGGAAAAAAUGACAUUGAUGUUAUUUGUGCUGUUUGUUUGGCUUAGAGUGUUUAUAAAGUGGUGACAAAAACAUCCCAAAAAAAACUAUCCCAUAGAAGCUGUUGUUAAACAUAUACUAAAAAAAAAAAAAGGAAAAAAAUUGAGGUAUUGUCUAUAAAAUGUUUCUUCAGUAAUUUUUGAUGCUGUGUGCUGAGUGUAAGGUAUUUGUCAUCUUGCAUUUGAAAACCCAGUAAACCAAGUUGAAGGUGGAUUAUAGUCAGUGUACAACUGUGCUAACUAGGCUUCAAAGUAAAAUGUUUUCCUUUCAUCUUUGACUAUAAAAUGUCAAAGGGAGGCACCUGCUCCAACAGAAAACAGUAGACACAAGGUUGCCAACUCGCAUGAGCUACCUCCCUCUUUUCAUAAAGUAUUUUUGACAUAUCUGUCAACUCACCUGUCUGUAUGGGUGCAAUGGGAACACGUAAGGUUUCAUAGACAAGCAGGAGAAAUGAUAACAGAAAUUCACCACUACUAAUUUAAAAAGCAAAACAGCAUGACCCCUCUACUUAGAAAUAAGGGUUUGGGGUUUUUACACACACACAUAUUUAAAUCAAACACAAUUUGAGAGAUUGGCUCGUCAAAUAAAUGUGAGAAAUUAAUUUGAAAUUUUCUUGCAGAAAUGCAGCUUCCAUUAAGGUGGGAACACACAUGUGUAGAAUCAGACUAAACAUAAGUGGAUAAGGGCUAGAAAUUUGCGGCACCCAAAUUUGUCAGUUGGCCAAAUUUUACCUUCCUAACUGUAAUCUACAUUUUCUCCUUUGCUGUUGAGGUGACUGACAUAUUAUAAGUAUUCUGUAUACUCUGAGUUUGUAAGGUUAUUUAGUACAAAGAAUUGCAGCUUCACCUGGUGAACUGCUUUUGCUCAGUUGAAAUAAACUUCCAUGUUUUAUCUUUGUGUUCAAUAAAAAAAGCAUUUAAUGUCA